CCGUGCUCCUAAUUUCCCUCCGCUAUCCCUCAUCCAAGUCAUCGUCCACCUUGGACAGAUUAUUUUCAAGCCGCACGUGAACAGAGCAGGGAGCGACCACCUUCUCCGACACCUGGAGCCACGUGACCCCCUGCGUACUCGGCUUCAGGAAUUUUUUCAGACUUGUCCCGACUUUAGCGAAGCUUCACAAAGCCGAGUGGGGACUAGUUAGGUCGGAGAAACUACGAAAACCUCGGAUUUUCCAGAAGUAGAACAGAAUAGAAAGAGGGGAAACUAGGAAGUUGGAAGGAAAGAGGUGGUGACACGGGGCUUAUUGUCGAUAUGCUUAAGACCUCUAAACUGGGAAAACGCUGGAGACGGCAAGUUUCCACUAGUUUUCGAGAAUUCCAGGACUUUGACGGAGGGCGGCGAAAGUAAAGCUCUCGCGAAUUUUGAGAGCUUUGGCGAACGAGACUCACUACAAAAUCCCGCGAGUUUACGAGUAACAACGCGACGUAGCAAAGUAGAAGUAACGGUAGCGAUAGAAGGGUUGCGGGGGCGGGGGGCGGGUGUAGAGGACGCUCGUCUUACGUGGUGACGUAGACCUAUCGGAGCGAGUAUUUUACGGCAGUGGUCGAACAGUGGGUUUAGGGCCAACAGUACUUCUGUGAGGCCUGUGAUAUUUCAGCAAGUUGGACCUGCAGUUGGGAACUCCUGAGUUAUCGGUACUCUUCAGGGAUGAGUCAUGUGGUGGUGGAAAAUGCUCUCGGACUGGACCAGCAGUUCGCUGGUCUAGACUUAAAUUCCUCAGCUAAUCAAAGUGGAGGAGGGAAUACAGCAAGCAAAGGACGCUACAUACCUCCUCACUUAAGGAACAGAGAAGCUUCUAAAGGAUUCUAUGAUAAAGAUGGUUCAGGGUGGAGUUGUAGAGAUAAGGAUGCAUAUAGCAGUUUUGGGUCUCGUGAUUCAAGAGGAAAAUCCAGCUACUUCAGUGAUCGCGGAAGCGGAUCGAGAGGAAGGUUUGAUGAUCGUGGACGUAGUGACUAUGAUGGCAUUGGCAGUCGUGGUGACAGGACUAGCUUUGGCAAAUUUGAACGCAGCGGACACAGUCGCUGGUGUGACAAAUCAGAUGAAGAUGAUUGGUCAAAACCUCUUCCUCCAAGUGAACGCUUGGAACAGGAACUAUUUUCUGGAGGAAACACUGGGAUUAACUUUGAGAAAUACGAUGACAUACCAGUAGAGGCAACUGGCAAUAACUGUCCUCCACAUAUUGAAAGUUUCAGUGAUGUUGAAAUGGGAGAGAUUAUUAUGGGCAACAUUGAGCUUACUCGUUAUACUCGUCCUACUCCAGUGCAAAAACAUGCAAUUCCUAUUAUCAAAGAAAAAAGAGACCUGAUGGCUUGUGCCCAAACAGGGUCUGGAAAAACGGCAGCAUUUCUCUUGCCUAUCUUGAGUCAGAUAUAUACAGAUGGUCCAGGCGAGGCCUUGAAGGCUGUGAAGGAAAAUGGAAGAUACGGGCGCCGCAAACAGUAUCCAAUCUCUUUGGUUUUAGCCCCAACAAGAGAACUGGCUGUACAAAUCUAUGAGGAAGCCAGAAAAUUUUCAUACCGAUCUAGAGUUCGUCCUUGUGUGGUUUAUGGUGGUGCUGAUAUCGGUCAGCAGAUUCGAGACUUAGAACGUGGAUGCCACUUGUUAGUGGCCACUCCAGGACGUCUAGUAGAUAUGAUGGAAAGAGGAAAGAUUGGAUUAGACUUCUGCAAAUAUUUAGUACUGGAUGAAGCUGACCGGAUGCUGGAUAUGGGAUUUGAACCUCAGAUACGCCGCAUAGUUGAGCAAGAUACUAUGCCACCCAAGGGUGUUCGCCAUACCAUGAUGUUUAGUGCCACUUUUCCUAAGGAAAUACAGAUGCUUGCCCGUGAUUUCUUGGAGGAAUAUAUCUUUUUGGCUGUAGGCAGAGUAGGCUCUACCUCUGAGAACAUCACACAGAAAGUAGUUUGGGUCGAAGAAUCAGACAAACGGUCAUUUCUGCUUGAUCUCCUAAAUGCAACAGGAAAGGAUUCACUGACCUUAGUAUUUGUGGAGACCAAAAAAGGUGCAGAUUCUCUGGAAGAUUUCUUAUACCACGAAGGAUAUGCUUGUACCAGUAUUCACGGAGACCGAUCACAGAGAGAUAGAGAGGAAGCCCUUCACCAGUUCCGUUCAGGAAAAAGCCCGAUUCUAGUGGCUACAGCUGUGGCAGCAAGAGGACUAGACAUUUCAAAUGUGAAACAUGUUAUCAAUUUUGAUCUGCCAAGUGAUAUCGAAGAAUACGUACAUCGCAUUGGUCGUACAGGACGUGUAGGAAAUCUUGGUCUUGCCACCUCCUUCUUCAAUGAAAGAAAUAUAAACAUCACCAAGGAUUUGCUGGAUCUUCUUGUUGAAGCUAAACAAGAAGUGCCAUCUUGGUUAGAAAGUAUGGCUUGUGAACACCACUACAAGGGUAGCAGUCGUGGACGUUCUAAGAGUAGUAGAUUCAGUGGCGGAUUUGGUGCCAGAGACUAUCGACAAAGUAGUGGUUCCAGCAGUUCUAGCUUUAGUAGUAGCCGUGCAAGCAGCCGCAGUGGUGGAGGUGGUCAUGGCAGCAGCAGAGGAUUUAGUGGAGGUGGCUAUGGAGGCUUCUACAGUAGUGAUGGAUAUGGAGGAAAUUAUAACUCCCAGGGCGUUGACUGGUGGGGCAACUGAAUUGUUGACACCAGAGUCACCCUUUCAAACAAGCUAAUAUGGAAACCACAUGUAACUUAGCCAGACUAUAUCGUAUAGCUUCAAGAACUUACAGUACAUUGCCAGCUGUGAUUCUCCUGAAAAAUAUUUAAGGGAGCUCAAGGUCAUAAGAAGAAAUAAAAAGAACAAUCAGCAGCCCUAUUCAGAAGUUGGUUUGAAGACUUAAUUGCUGUAGUUUGGAUUAACUUCACUCUUACCACCACUCCAGACUGCAUUUAUAAUUUUGUAACUGAGGAUCAUUUGUUUGUUAGUGUACUGUGACUUUCACUCUUAGACAGCUUAUUAUUUUGAUGUCCUGUUGGCUCGGUAAUGCUCAAGAUACCAACUAUUUUGACAAAUUUGCUGAACUUGGGCUAAAAUCAAACCUUGGCACACAGGUGUGAUACAACUUAGCAGGAACCACCUCAUUCCUAUACGUUACAAGGAAAACAGCUUAAGCAGCUGCCUGCUUUAGGGCUUUUGAUACUUGCAGAUUGUUGGGCUUGUGAGGGACAUCUGAAAGCAAAAGUAGUUUCUAAUUAGUUCCUUAGUUCUAACUUAGAACUGUACUAAGUUAUAGUUCUGACUUGCUCACUCUAUCCUGGAUAGGCCCCUGAUAGCCUUUAUAUAAGCCAUUCUGGUCAUAAUGAGGUGAUACAUAGGAAUACAUGCAUAUAUUGUUCAAAGCAACUCUUUUGGAAGUUAAUGCAACUAAAUACAGCAAUUUCUCUUUUAAUGUUUAAACAGUUUAUUGUAAGUUUGCUAAUUGUGGGCAUAUUACAAGAGAAGUUGCAAGUUCUGGUAACUUGGUAUUCUGGGGAGAUUUCAUCUACUUAGAUUUUUCUUAAUGCCUGCCAUAAAUAAAAUUGAAAUGGUAGAAUGGCUGACCAUGGCAGUCACCAAGGCCUGGUUGGUUUUUGGUCUGUAAUGCAUGCUAGUGUUGAUGUUUUUUGGUCAAGAGGGAAGGAAUAGGAAGGAUUAUGCAGCAGGCUUUAUUUUAACGCAAAUUCAUAUUACUCUCUUCAAAGCUGCAUUGAGAGGUUAAAAUGGCUUACACUGUAGACUUUUUAGAAAUGUUUCAGAACCAACUAAAAUCCUUGAGAUCACACAGGUUGGAAAUAUGUACUAAACUGCACAAGGUGUCAUUUUUCUGUAGUGCAGUUGCCUAUAUCGUGCAGUCUACUUCAGUUGCAUAGGUUUCCAUUAUAUUUAUAGUCUCUUUAUGAUAAAUUUGGCCAAAGAUUAUCCACCACUAAAAAUGCUUCUGCCACUUGGAGUCUGCCGAGUUUGUGGCCAGAAUGCAAUGACCGAAAACACCUUCAUAGUGGCAUAAAAAAGUUGGCAAAAAUUUCUUAAAAGUGCAAUAGGUUUUCCAGUGUAUUGUGCCUUGUUGUAAAACUCAGUAGUUGCACUUGACAGUAUUGAGGUCAUUUGUUACGGUGCUAUUUCGAUUAAUACAGGUUUAGACUCUCUUGUACAUUUUGCCCAUAACUUUUUACAAAGUACAUAUUUUAUUGCACAUUCAGAGAAUUUUAUAUAUGUCUUGUGUAUGUAUCCUUCUAACUUGCGAUCUUAUUUUUUCUCUUGGAGAUUAUUGAAAGCAGCCUGUUGAACUAGAUUCUAAAAAUUUAUUUGGGACCAUGGUUAGAGAGUUGAGAAGAAAACUAUUUGCACACAACAGAUUUUAGAUACUUUUUGCUGCUAGUUUUGUGUACUAUUUAUUGAACAUUUUGACAGAUAUUUAUUUUUGUAAGCCUAAAAGCGAUUCUUUGAAAGUUUAAAGAAACUUGACCAAAAGACAGUACAAAAAACACUGGCGCUUGAAUGUUGAAUGUCACCGUAGGUGAAAUAAUACAUUUCGGGGUAGUGUGAGCUUUUAAUGUUAAGUCCUAUUAAACUUAAGUCAAAUUAAACAGACCCAGCAUUGGCAAUAUAGUCACCUUUCUGACAAAAUUUAAGACAAAAUUUGGCAUUAUAAAAUUAAAACACGCCAAGGUUUUGAUACACUUAAGAUAAUACUGAAACACUUCUAAACACUAAUACAAAGUGUCCACAGUUCUCGGUUCUGUGCAGUUUUAGUUGUGUGUUUUGUCUUUUGUUUUUAGUGACUGUCUGGCAUAUUUGCAAUCCUCAAACAUGUGGUUUUCUUUGUGUAUUGCCAUAACCAGUGACUUUACAUUCAGUUUUAAUCAGCUAGAAAUAUGUUACAGUAAAUACGGUUUUAAAAACCACAUUCAAGAAUGGAUUUAAACUUGCUGAAUGUAAACAUUGCACUUAAGUCACUGUAAGUUUAGUACUUGCUUAUUGUAUUAGUUGUAGAUGUUAGCACUGCAUGUGCUGUUUAUUCUGAUUUUACUGAAAUAAAAAGUUGAACGUAA